CAGAGUGUGAGGGGAUUGGACUAUUGUGAGCCUCUCUGUGUGUUGUCUACAGAGAGGGGGAGUGCGAAGGAAGAGAAAAGAGAGCAGCACAGCGUCCCAGCUCUCCAGAGCUCCUCUUAUUUCUUCGACCCCACCGUCUUAUCCGCCGCGCACCCCCUCUGCCGACUGUGGGCCUGACCUGCUUCCCAGGGAACUCAACGGGACAAGAAGAGGCUGCAGAGCAUUCAUCAAGUGGUGGAACAGUAAGAGGUAGCCAGAGCCACCAUGGCCUUGUCCCAGGAGAGAAGUGCGUGUCUGGGGCUGGUGGUGCUCCUUUUGCUUGGUGCAGGCAUGGAGGACAUUGUGGAGGGAUGUAGUUGCCACCCAUCACAUCCACAGCAGCUCUUCUGCAGCGCUGAGAUUGUGAUAAGGGCAAAGGUCUCUGGAGAGAAGAUUGUGUCGCCUAGCAACAGCUCCUCACCUUACAUGAAGAUGAUCCAGUACGAAAUCAAAAUGAUCAAGAUGUUCAAAGGUUUUGACCGAGCCAAGGACAUCCAGUAUGUGUACACUCCUGUCUUCUCUUCACUCUGUGGAGUCAAACUGGACUCCAAUAACAAAGCAGGCUAUCUGCUCUCAGGAAGCAUGUGGAGCGAUGGACGGAUUUCUAUUGGCCAGUGUGACCUCGUGGAGUCGUGGGACAACUUAUCGCUGUCACAAAAAAAGAACCUUAACUACAGAUACCAGAUGGGCUGUGAAUGCAGAAUCAACACGUGCUACACGGUGCCUUGUGCAUCUACAGGAUUGAACGAGUGCCUGUGGACAGACUGGCUGCUGGAUAACAGUCUGAAUGGGGAGCAGGCUCGGCAGUAUGCCUGCAUCCGACGAUCGGACACAAGUUGUGGCUGGUACCGGGGUGGGCCUCCGCCCGAGAAGGACUUCUUGGACAUGACCGACCCAUGAUCUGUAACACCGACUUCAAAAAUCCCUUAAGGAAAAUCCAACCCUGCUUUUGGCAUAUUUAGCACGCAUUUGGCUUGCAAAGAAGCAACUAGAAAAAAAAGUGGAAUAUUUGCUGAUUUUUCAAACCGGCUGGAGAAAAAUCUGCCAUUAAGCUACCGGUCGCAAAGUUCAGGCAGUUGAUCCAGCAACAGAAAAAUAAAUAUUUAAAGUUCAGGGUCUUUGAGCAUUUCUCUGACGCAUUUUCAUACAUUUCACUUCACGUGUUGUUACAGAGUGAGAACAGCAGCAGAAUAUCCACAGCUAAUAUUUCACUUUUGAGUGAAGGUUUUUGCCUCAUUGUAAAUGCACUCCUUUAAAGCCCUGUGAUUAUUUGUGUCAUGUACAGUAGGUGAAAUAGCAAUUUAAGUUCUGUAUUUACAGGAAUAUUAAAGAAAUGUUUGAGAACACUAAAAUAAUAGAAUCCUUUCUUGUAUCAACCUUGCAGAGUCUAAUCACGUGCAUCUUGUCUGCAGCAUCCUGAUGUUGAAUUUCUAUCUGAAAUGCUGACUCAAAUGAAAAUACACUGAAUACACUGUGCUUUGUAAAGGUUUUAGGCACUUAAGCUGCAACACGGAUGCAUAAUAGGCAAUUGCAAAAUAGUUUUAGUUUGUUGGUAUAAUUAAAAGUGAUGUGAAGAAAGAAAAACAAAAAUUGCAGGAGUUUUCUCAAUCUUUGGGGUAAAGCCAUUUUUUUUAAGAAUUGUUUUUUUUUUCAAUUUUUGUUUACUUAGUUUGAGAUGGUUCUGUAUAAUGGAUUUAAUGCUGAAAAUGUGGAGUUAUACAUCAUAAAUAAGAACCUAAAGUGCCUAAAACCUUCUCAUUCUGCAGUUUAUGCAAAGAAAAUCAUCCCAAGUUAACCGAUUACUUGUGUUAUUUGUUGUUGUGAUUACAGAAAUCAUAUGACAUUUUAUCUCAAAAUUUUGAAACUAUAAGUAUAGUAAUUUUGUUGAAUUAACAUUUUCAUAACUAACCAUAUGUUUUCUUUUAGAGUAGUGCUUCUCAUCCUGCUAGUUUCCUUUGUGGAGCCGUGUCUUGUUUUGUUUUUUUGUCGUUUUUUUUUGUUUUUGUUUGUUUUUUUGUGCCAAAAACUUAAUCCAGCGCUUCGGCAACAGCACUGCCACCUGUAGAAGCUAAGCCUUUCCUCUUGAGAGGAAAUGAGAUAACAGGAUAAGGUUUGGUUUUUUAACUCCUUGAAACUAAAGGUGGGUUGUUCACCUGUUUGUUUUAGAAAUCUGCUGAAUCAUUCAAUAUAAAGACUUAACAGGGGUCUGACUUGACCCCUGUUUUGAUGCAGGACUGCUUCAUAUAAAUCACAGAUUAUAAAUGCAUUAUGAUUUGGCUUUGUAGCACUAUCACGGUGCUGUGAACAAAUAAUUUCACCCUAGCUGAUGUUAUCUGUUCUGCUCUUCUGUCACACCAAUUUCAGAACAAAUUUUAACAUUAGACUAAAAAGACCCAAAUGCAAUGCAAUUUUUAAAUGAUCAUUUCAUUUAUUAGAGACAGACGUCAGCCAAAUAUUUCUACAUCUACCCUGUUAUUCUACAGAAUAUUUUCUUAAAGGUCUUGGUAAUUUUUAGAUGACCCUUUGUGAUUUUCUUUUUAAUCAGUUCUAUUUUUGGAUGUCUUUUUUUGCUCCUUCAUUAUUGUUCAACCAAGACUGAUGAUCUCAACUGAGCCUGUUCUUCUGUUACCUCCAAGAUGAGUUCUCAUUGUGCUCCUGGUUUUAAUUUUAGCAAACCAGCCACUCCUGGGGAAAUUUAACUCUAUUCUAAGUAUUUGUAGUUAAUGGCUCCCAGAAGUGAAGAAAUGGUUUUCUAAUCCUUCCCAGGCUACUGCAAGUCCAGAAAGUCUGUUUCUGAUCUUUUUAUUGGAUUUCUUUUGCCUGGCGUAAGACGUGUUGCCUUUGGAGAUUAUUAGCCUUUUUCUUGUAGCCAGCCAGGUUCCAUGAAGGAGAUCUCUUGAUUUUUACAAGUCCGGUUAUGACUUUGACAGUUAAAUAUGAUUGAACAUGGGAGUGGAUAUUUUUUCCAGAAAAAUAUGGGUUGGAUAGCUCUUUUUCUUAAAACAUGAAACAAUUAAAUAACUACUUUUUUGUAUUUAGCCAAAAUUUGCUAAAAUUUGUUUGCGGAUCAGAAACAUUUAAGUUUGACAAUAUGUUUCACUGUCCUGUUCAACUUGAUGGAUCAUGUUGACAUUUAUCUCAUGUCAGCACUGAAAAGUUUAAACCGAAUGGAAAGUCAACAUUUCAGAUUUGAGACAGUAGUCUAAAUAUAAACUCAUUUACAAACUCAUGCAGUUGUUUUAGUGUCACAAAGCACAAAUUAAUAAUGCAUAAUACUAUUGUAUGAUUUAAUGAAGUGUUAAAACAGAUUUCAGUUUGUUUUUUUACUUCAAUAAUUGUUGGGUUUGUAUUUAAGUCUCUGUUUCUGUCUACAUAAAGUUUUCUAUCUUCAUGUACCAAAAAAAAAAAAAUGUAUAUAAAAUGUCUCAGUGGAAUGAUG